UCGCGUAUUCGUCUUCCGUCUUUACGGUUGAAUAGCCAACCAUAUUGGAUUCCUCCGCGAAGCUCUUUGUGUGGCGUGUAUCACGAGUUCUUUGGGCAUAUGUAGCUAGUUGUGUUGUACGAGUUCAAGAAUAUACGCCUAACCGAUGCCAGACUAGAGUCAAGCUCAACAGGGUCUUCUUUCACCGCUAAAUUUUCCAAGCCCGUUCCCUUGGCAUUGACAUUUUUACCAAGUCACUAUCUGCAUGUAAAUCUUUUCUAACCGUCCAGAGUGAAAUCGGCAUCCAUUCCGAGAUUCCCCACUGGAAUUUCCAUACAAUAUUGCAUCGUUCAUAACAAAUAAAGAAUUGAAGUAUUCAAGAAAAAUGACAGAAGCAAUGUUGCCUUCCAUAAAAACUCGUCAAAAUAUACUGGCUCAAGAAGGUCAGGUUUCGAGAAAAGAAUCUGAACAGACUGAAGGAAUUCAAUAUCAAUCUAAUUGUGGCGAGAAUAUCCAGAAUACUAAUCUCUCACCAGACAAUAUAAAGUUUGUAUUCUUCGACUUGGAAACUUCGGGAUUCCAUAAGUCAGCAGACAUUCUGCAGAUUGCUGCAAAAUGCGAAGAAUACAAAUUUUGCGCAUACGCGACUCCUACUCAGCCAAUUAUGCCUAAAGCGACAGAAAUCACUGGCUUGAAAAUUGUGGCAGGAGAGUUAUUUUUGGAUGACGAAAGAGUUCAGUCGAGCCCUUUGCAGAAAGUGCUACGUGAGUUCAAAGAAUGGCUAGCUGUAAUAUCAAAACCGUGUAUUCUUGUUGCGCACAAUGCAACAUUUGACACUGGUUAUUUACUCCGUGCUUUGAUAAAUAAUUCAAUGAUAGAGGAUUUCAAAAACCUUAUCGUCGGAUUUUCAGAUACUCUUGUCCCUCUUAAAAAACUCUAUCCUCAGAGAAAAGGUAAAGGGAUGUUUAAACUGUCUACUUUAGCCCAAGAUUUGUUGCAAAUAGAACUGACUGAAAAUUUCCACGAAGCAGCAUACGAUGUGGAAAUACUCGAACAAAUCGCUUCAACUAUUCCGAAAGAGAAUUUGAUUGGAAACCACAAAUCGUUCAAGGAAUCACUUGACCAUGAAACUCGACUGCAAAAGACAGCAAAACUGAAACGAUCUUUGAACAUUUUUAAAAAUGUUAUCUCCAACGGAAUGAUUAAAAAAAUAGCAGAAGCAGGGAUCAAUCGUGCAAAAUUACAAGAUAUUUAUGAAAAAAGUGGAAGAGAGGGUAUUAUUCAAUUGUUGUCGGCUAAACAAAAAGAUAAUAAACCUCGUGUCACCAAUCAAAAAAGAAUCUUAGAAAACAUUGUAGAAUUUUUAGAUACGAACCAAAGCCCAGCAAUGGUCUAAUUAUAAAACAAAAAAAAUUAUAAAUAAAUCAUUUAUUUUAACGAAUUCUGUAUUAGAGAAUUUAACGUUUUUUCUGUUAUGAAAUACAUGGUUAUAUUAUAUUUAUGAGAAAUUGUUAGCAUUGAAUGUUGACAAUAUUUAAAGAAUAUAUGUGCAAUAACAAAUACAUAUUGUGGCAGUUGUCGAGGAAGAGGAAGAGAGAAGCGAAGAGGAAACGAGGAAGAGGAAUGUUAUAAUAAGGAUUGAGAAGGAGAGGAAUCGAGUUUGGAGAAGGUGAGGGAGCUUUUUGAGGAGGGCCUGAGGGUGAAGGCGGAGGUAAGAGAGGUGAGGGUGGUAGGUUCGGUUCUGCCGAGGAAAGUGAACACCAAGAGUGAGUCUACGCAGACUAACGAAACCAGCCCGAGGAGAUAAGACUCUAGAAGCGUGAUAAUUCUGUCAGACUAUUUUAAUAUAGUUUGUAUAAAUAUAUUAAUAAAU